CUACAACCUUCCCGCGUCGGAAGUUCUCACCAUCGCAGAUCUGUACAACUCAAGUCGAAUAUUUAUCUGAGCAUACCCAACUCUUCAUGUAGCUUCUACGUGACGCGGUACUCAGAAUUGCUUAACAGUCUUCUUAUACCUACUAUUCUUGGCUACACACACUCUUAGACCCGGUCGAGUUCGAAUUCAUAGCUCCGACCCAUCGUCCCGGCAUUGCCCCCAGCAUUCUCCCCACUACGACUGCUCCUCAUGCCCAACCGGUAGCACCGCUCUCCCAGCUUGCCUUCCCCUGCCCGGCGGGACGGUAGGCGUCUACCGCGAUGCGCGAGUUCAUGGACUACAUCCAGUCGGCUUUCUAUGCUGCAACCGGCUGGAACCGCGACAAUAGCUACUCCACGCUCAACGCGACAGCCGAUGCCUUACUGAACUUCCCGACCCCUCGUGGGCUCCGCCUCACCCUCUCCUCCCUGGCCACCCCCAAGUUUGCAACCUCUUACCAGCUUAGCACCGUUGGCAUAGUCGAUGGUUCCAUAUCGUAUCUCUACUCGACAGUGCCCCUUGGCCACGCGAUCGCUCAGAGCGCAAAGAUACCCUUACCGGACCUACUGAAGAGCUACCGCCCGCUUUCCGAGUUGCCCGAUAGAGACGGCGGGGCGAGGCUGGGAGGGGAGUUGCUGAAAUAUGGGCUUGCAUAUGGGAGGCUGUACCUCCCCUUGUCGAUGCUGGAGGCUUUGGUGGUCAGGAGGAUCUCGCCUGCCCUGCAGUUGCAAAUGAGUGCUGUCUCAAACCAAACACUUAAGAAUGGAGGUACUGUGUUAGGCAUGGUGCAGUAUGACAUGGGCCGCUACGAGGUCGAGGGUCUGGCGUCGUCGGAUGGCGGGCUGCUCGGCAUGCGCGCGUUGUACAAUUUCGGCGGCGACGUCGGCCACGUGAAUACCUCGGGGCAAUUGGCGGCCGCUAACGGGAACGGGGCUGGCAACGGCGAACGGGAACGCAUUUACGGUCGGUUCAGCACCGGGGCGGAGCUUUAUUAUGGUACGUUAAAUAAGUCGGGCGGUAUGAGUCUGGGGGCGCGGUUCGCGACAUUGCCUACCCAUAACGGCACCCCACUCACGGCGACGAUGACGAUUAAUCCAUUGAUGGGCAACAUCAGCUGGAGUUACGCCGUUAUGGCCGGCAGCCAUUGCUCGCUGGCAACGAGGAUGGAUUUCAACGUCUAUAGCUAUGAGAGCGACUGGGCCGUCGGCAUGGAGCUCUGGAGAAAGAAGGGUGCUUGGUCCAUCAGUAGCGAGCCGGACGAACAAAUGUCAGCACCAACAAUGCCCGCGCCCGAAACGAGGUCCCAAGAGCAAACAGAACCGGGGUCGAGGGAAUCCCCCGUACCUCCGGACGCCGCUGAAACCUCACCGUCUCCGCGAGCGGCGGACCAGCCUAAGAAAGAGAGAAGCUUUGAGGCCAAGAUGGAGUGGAGGCUAGAUGACCCAAACGUGGACUCGGAGAUAUUAUUGGGCGGCGAUGAGGGAGAUGAAUACUCGGGGGUCCUGAAGGCCCGCCUCGGCCAGCAUCUGCGGGUUGGCCUUCUCUGGGAGGGUCGAGUCAAGUCUUUACUUUUCAGUCUUGGUAGUGACAUUGAUCUACGCCGGCUUGACUCACCCUUCCGAACCCUCGGUCUGGAAGUUCAGUUCUCAUCCUGAAGGCCCGAGGACGCCCCUAUAAAGUUGCUAAUUGCCUCCGUGUCGAGACCCCAGCGCACAUGCAGCUUUGUUCAGCUCCGACUGGGCGAUAACGCCACCAAUCGAGCGGAAUUGGUGACACAGACAGGCACCUAUCGUGGUAGCGGCGACGAGGACCCGCCGUGGUUAGGCCGCGGAGAAAUCGACGUUCGCAGCCG